CGUCGGUACAACUUGUUGUGAACCCGUUCAGCGGAUCAGCGGCUUCAGUGGCCGACGGCAGACCAUCCUGUGCGUUUUUUUUGUGUGAUCCUACAUCAGAAAUCGGAACUCGUGUCGCAUGAACCACGAUAAUGGAUUUAGUUCAUACGGAUCAUGAGGAUAUUCCGUGUGAGGAGGUUCACAAUGUCGAUUGGGCCCAACAAUGUGAAUUCAUCAUCAACAACACAGAAUGCCAUUCAGACGAGAAUUUUAUAGCAUACUCGACAUUCGUGUACUGCACGUUCGGUUCUGGGACUGUGAUCCCACCGCUUGUCAUCUUGGCCGUCGGUUUGAUUCUACUGUUCAUCGCUCUCGGAGUGACCGCCGACGACUUCCUCACUCCGUCGCUGAUUUCCAUAUCGAAGACUCUGCGGCUGUCUCAGAACAUCGCGGGCGUUACGCUUCUCGCGUUCGGGAAUGGCGCUCCGGACAUCAUCUCGUCGAUUGCGGGUGUGGGACAAGCACGUCCUGCUCUCGUGGUCGGAGAGUUAUUGGGUGCAGGUACCUUCGUGACCUGCGUCGUCGUGGGGAGCAUUUGUCUCACGCAGAACUUCAAGAUCAUGGAGAGGCCUUUCCUUCGUGACAUCAUAUUCUACAUAGGAGCCACCUAUUGGGCUUUUUGCGUCUUCUACAAGCAGAAGAUCACUCUUUUUACAUCAAUCGGCUUCAUCGUUGUUUACCUCGUCUACAUCGUCGUGGUCGUUGUGUCCUCAAUCAUCUAUCAAAGGCACAAGGCAAAACUGCUGGAGAAAGAACAGCGUGGGACCUCACAAGAGGCAUUCACUGAUCUGAGACGUCAAAUCAACUCUAUUUCGAAUACACUUGACUUCAUCGACGGUCUCCCGAAGUCAGUUGAAGUCGUUGAAGGAGCGGAGAUGCCCGAUGAUCCGGAGUUUGUGGGACUCGUAUUGCGACGAUCGAGCUUCCGAAAUUACGUUCGUAGACGAAAAACGACACUGUCAGGAAACCGUUCGAGAUCGAACUCACGAGCCUCGGGACGCUCCACGCCAGGGAACUCGAGGGUGAAUUCACGAGCUAACUCUCGAGCGAACUCCAGAACCAACUCCAUUUCGUCCACGUGCCGAUCACGUGCGAACAGCGUGCUGAGGAGACCAAGCGAACCCAAACCAAAUCAACUCACACCUAAUUAUGGAUUCGACAACCCAGUUUUCACCGUAACUGCCGCUACUCCCACAGCCACCCCCCGGACCGAGUUCAAAUUUCCGACGAAUGGGGACUUAUCGCACAGUUUUUCUGGGGAAUUCGCCGAGAAGAGGACGCUCGAUAUAGACCGUUCGUUGUCCAAUGGAACGAGAGGGACUCAAAAUAUGGACUAUCCAGAGGACCCAGAUGCGCUCGAUGGAGGCGCGGAGGAAGAAAAGGUCGUAGAGCUCCAGCCUUUCGAGGAGUUUCUCACGCAAAUAUCACCGAUCGAUGCGGAAGAUUGGGAAGGGAUGAGCUGGUUCUGGCGUGGGUUCACUCUGGUGAAGGCUCCACUGUAUAUCAUUCUGGCGCUGACGACGCCCGUCAAGGACAACGACAAUCAUAAAAACAACUGGUGUCGUUUAUUGAAUGUCCUGCACUGCGUCACGUCACCUUUGGCGCUUUGCUUCGUUUCUCAGACAUACGCGAGUACUGUGGGUGACGAACUUCCCGUUCCUGCGUUGGUCUUCAUAGGUGGACUCUGCUUAGCUGCACUCGUGUUCUUCACAUCUAAACAUGAAGAGCCCCCGGUAUAUCACUCCGUGUACGCUUUCGUUGGCUUCGUCGUAUCAGUCUCGUGGGUGUACGUCGUCGCUAAUGAAGUCGUUUCACUCCUCAAGACGUUCGGCAUAGUUCUCAAAUUGACGGACGCCUUCUUGGGGAUGACAGUUCUCGCGUGGGGGAAUUCGAUCGGGGAUUUUAUCGCGAACUUGUCGGUGGCACGCCAAGGCUAUCCGCGAAUGGCUAUCUCUGCUUGUUUCGGCGGACCCCUUCUGAACCUCCUGCUCGGAUUCGGACUGCCAUACACUUACAAACUACUCAGCGAAUCUGACGAGAGCUACAUAUCGCUCGAGUACAAAUGGAUCAUCGGGUUGCUGUACGCCACUGUUUGCCAAUCACUUGUGUCUACCAUGGUCGUUCUGUUCAUUUUGGGGUUCGAAUCUCGAAAAGAAUUUGGUUUCUACUUGAUUCUGUUGUACGUUGUAUUUUUCCUCGUGACCGUGGUCGUGGAGAUCACAGGGUCCACGCCGGCGGCUUAAUCGAGCUACGGAAUGCGACCGAGGUUCCAAAUGCACUACAACACAAAGCAGUGAUUGUUAUCCAUACUGAUCACAUGAAAGUGAAUGAUAAGCGGAGGACUCUCGGCUUGGUAGCGCGAGACUCGCAAUCUCCGACUCGGAACUUGGCCAUUCGUUCCCCAGUCGUUGCCAGCCUCCGAGCAGAGAUAGGUUCCUCCGGGGUGAUCAAUAACACCGGAACGAGUCGAGUGUUAGCAAGUAAGGGCAGGAUCUGUUGUGAGCAGGUAUUUUGGCAGCGGAAGUAUUUAUGUUAGAUAAUCCCGAUAAAUUAGGCGUAUCUCCUGUACAGAAAUGCGAGGCGUCCUUCCCGAAGUCGAGCGUUUCUGCCGACAAUCGAGUCCUCGUCGAUCCUAUAACGAAAGGUCUACUCUACUCUACUCGAAAGCGGAUUCCAGUAUGUUCCGCUAUCUGAUUGUUAAUUUGAUGCAUGGUGACGAGGCGCGAACACGAGUGUGAUAGUCCCACCGAGAGUUCCCGCCCAUGACAGGAAAAAUGUACAAAUUCUGUGGAUUUGAUACUGCUGACCCUUACAUGCUUGAUGGUUCUGAUUGAUAUCUAUUUAUGUAUCUGAUAUUUAUACUGUAUUUA